AUGAUUCGUCGUAAACCACCGUUAGCUAGUGCCAUUAUUUUCGAGUUACACGAGCUCGCCACCGGACAAAAUUCACGUUUGUGCACCUCGGAUCCAUUCUACGUUCGCAUAGUCUAUCGAAACUAUUCAUGGCCACUGGACGAGAAAUCCAAUCGGCCAAUCGUAUUGUGGCCAGUCCAGUGUGAUUCUCAUCUGAUCCGAAUUGAACGAUCGAAUGUGCACAGUUCCGUCUGUCCGUUAGCCCAACUGGAAUCCCUUACCCGGGGCACAUACGCACUGCCCGAUCCGGACGAAUGUACCCUCCCGGAGGGUUGGUUUCACGGUUGGGAUCGUGUGAUCGCUUCGAAUCGUCUACUGAUCCAAACCAUCUCGAUAUUGUGCUCUCAGUUCCUUCUGUUCAAUCUGGUUCGACGCAGUCCGGUACCACCCGCUUUGCUUGCAGGCAGUCUGGAGUCGGAUCAAUCUAUUGUAGAUGAUACUUAG